GGCCACUUCCUUUCCACUCUGCUGCAGUCUCACUGUCCCCAAGCUGCUCCUGCCUCAUGGAACCAAUGGCGGUGAACCUCAUUCUCGGUUGGUGGUUGGUGGCAGGAAGCAGAGCACAGCAAUUGCCCCGUCCCUCCCUGUCACUGCAUCCCAGCCGGGGGGUGUCCCUGGGGAAUCUUGUCACCCUGCGCUGCCACCUACCCCGGCUGGCUGCCUGGGUCUGGCUGUACCGCGGAGGAGGUUGGUCAUACAAGAAGGGGAAGAAGAAGGAGCAGGAUGCAGCCGAGUUCUCCUUUGCUAGCACACUGCGGGAACACGCAGGUCGUUAUCGGUGUCAGUACCGGGUGUAUGAGUCAGCCGAGGUGUCAGUGGAGAGUGACCCCGUGGAGCUGGUGCUGACAGAUGUCAGAUAUCCCCCAUCCAGCAUUUCCCUUCAGCCUGAGCAACAUGUGGGUACAGGGACCAGUGUCACCAUCCACUGCUGGAACAAGGACUAUGGGGCCACGUUCUUCCUGCACAAGGAUGGGAGCUCAGACCCUCUCCAGCGCCAGGACUCCAGUGGUGGGGGCACAGCCACUUUCACCCUCUUUGGGGUGACCCCAGCUGACAGUGGCACCUACAGGUGCUCCUACCGCCACUGGCGCUAUGCCUUUAUGUCUUCACCCCUUGGGGACAGCGUGAUGCUGGAGGUGACACCCACACCUGCACCCCCAGGUGCUGAGUUGGUGUCCCGUGGGAACCUGGUGGUGGCAGUGGUGAGGGGCUGCGCUGCUGUCCUUAUCUUUGCCCUCGGCGUCUUCUUUGUCAUCGAUGCCCGCAGCCUCUGGAUAGGGAGAGAUGAGAGUCUGGGUGGGAAAGGGAUUUAAUGGCUUGGAUCUCCUGUACAUCUCCUACACAUCUCCCCAGUCUUUCUCUUACUCUCCUUCCAUUCUUCUGUAGAAUCCACCAGGUGUACCAUUGGAUCCACUACACAUUGCCUAUCGAUUCCCUCAGAUGUUCCCUGUCCCCAUCCCAUCUCCUAUAAAUCCAUCAUGUAUCCCCUGCCUCCCCUUCCAGACCCUAUAAAUUAUCUAGUCCCUGUCAUCUUGUGCAUCUGUGUCCAUCCUUUAUUGAUCCACUAUAAAUCCACCCAAGUGUUACCUGCCUCCACCUCCACCCCCUGCCUAUUCUCAGAAGUCCAUCAAGUUUCACAACCCCUUUCAUCCCCCAUAACCCCACAAUGAUCCCCUUCUGUUUUAACUCCAGUGCCUAUUCACAAAUUCCUGAGGCUGUGCACUUCCAGAUAGGUCUUUGGGUCAGGGACCCCUGAUCCCAGCCUGUUCCUGGGCACCUCAUACUCCACCUGGAACCCAAAUCCCUGCCCAUGUGGACCCCAGGAUCCCCCACAUCAGAUGGCUUACUCUAACCUUGUGUGAUGCUCAAAAUCCUGACCAGGGGGAAGCACAAAUCUGCAUUGUGGAGAUCCCCCAGGGCCCAAAUCAAAGUCCUUGCACCAACUGGGGAAAACCCAGCCAUAAACAUCCCCCUGACAGUGUGGGUAAUCCAUACAAUGUAAUAGGACCCCCAAAAGGCACACAUAUUUACUUGCAAUAUCAGACCAGUGUUACCCCAAAUCAAAGUCCCCCCACAUCCCCAAACACACCAUCACUGACCACACCCACACACUUACAACGGAGAUGUCCCUCCUCACAGCCAUACUGAGGAACCCCACAGUGGUUCUCCACCGUCUCCAGUUGCAGGAGAAUGGCUCAAAGAGCAAGGACAUUGUGAGUACGAGUGCUAUGUGCACUACCCAGGCUAUGAGAGCUUGAAGCUGUCAAAGCAAAAAGAAAAGCUGAAGCUGCAGUUAAGAUAAGGGGGAAGCUAGCCUGGGGAGAGACUAAGGCAAUGGAAUGUGAGGAACAGUGUGAAAAGCCGUGUGAUGAUUAAUGCUGGACCAAUAGCUUUGCGAGCAAGACGCCUGUUUUCUGUAUGCUAACCAAUCACGAGCUGUUUAUCACCAUGUGCACCCUGUAUUUCUGUAUAAGUAUGAGCUGAUUUGGGCAAUAAAUCGAAGCUCCACCAUUA